UGUCCAAGAGAGGCCUUGGUGAAAACAUUGAUCUCCGGAUCAUGCAGCUGCCAGUGGUUUACCAAAAAGCAAAGGAGCAAGUCUGCAAGAUAUGGACAACUCUUCAGCCACUGCUUACAGUUCACGUUGGGCUGGCUUCGUCCACCACAGCACUCAUCAUCCUGGAGCAGUGUGGGAAGAACAAAGGCUACCAGGAGAGGGAUGCUUGUGGUUUUCACCCAGACGGUGCCUGCUGCGUGCUAGAUGGCCCAGAGAAGAUUGAAUCUACAAUUAAUAUGAAGUCUCUCUGGAAAAACAUCUCAGUGGAAGGGAUUGAUAUCAUCCUUUCCAGAGAUGCGGGAAGGUACAUCUGUGAUUACACCUACUACACUUCUCUGUAUUAUGGCAAUGGAAGAGCUGCUUUCAUCCACGUCCCUCCAUUGUCUGAGUCGGUAACAGCAGAAUUUCUAGGAAAAGCAUUACAGACCAUUAUCUUAGCAAUGUUAGAACAGUGUGGGGAACAAAGAGAGAUGGAUCACAGAGGGAAAAAAUGAGGAUUUCUUAGAAUGCAAUUCCUUACCUCUGAAAUGAAGCAGAGCUAAAGAUUAUUUAAAAUCCACACACAAAGGAUUUUAUAGCUCACGUUAUUUUCGGUGAAAUUUCCUUGCAAAACCCAACCAACCGUUUGCAUCUAUUAUAAAAGGCUUGAGGGGAAAAAACCCAAAUGA